CCACUGUCCCCGGUGGACAUGGGGAAGAAGCUGGUGAUGGCCCAGAAGCGGGGAGAGACUCGAGCCCUUUGCCUGGGUGUGGCCAUGGUGGCGUGUGCCGUCAUCACCUACUACAUCCUGGGCACGACCGUGCUGCCCCUCUACCAGAAAAGCGUGUGGACCCAGGAAUCCAUGUGCCAUCUGAUUGAGACCAACAUCAGGGACCAGGAGGAGCUGGAGGGCAAGAAGGUGGCCCAGUACCCGUGCCUGUGGGUCAAUGUGUCCGCUGUGGGCCGCUGGGCUGUGCUGUAUCACACAGAGGACACUCGGGACCAGAACCAGCAGUGCUCCUACAUUCCGGGCAGCCUCAGCAACUACCCGACGGCCCGGGCCGACGUGGAGAAAGUCAGGGACCGACUCCACGAGCUCCGGGUUUUCCACUGCUUCUCGGCGACGCGGGCGAACGAGACCAGCGUCCUGUACCAGCGCCUCUACGGGCCCCAGGCCCUCCUCUUCUAUCUCUUCUGGCCCCUUACUGGCGGCCUCCUCAUCAUCGCCAUGGUGAAGGUCAACCAGUCUCUCUCCAUCCUGGCAGCCCAGAAGUGA